AUGUCAUCGCUGGUGAAGGAAGACUUGCAGAAAAAACUGUUUAAGCCACUGGCGCAGAAUCUCUGUGAGUUCAUUGAGAUCGAGGUCUCCGUCCAGGACAGGUAUUACCUCUGUGUGUCAGUGACGAAAACUGAUGAAGUAAAAAUCACCAUGGUGAAGCACUACAGGGUAGGGCUGGAUGAGAAGUAUGAAGUAACAAAAAAGUGGUCCCUGAGCGAUCUGCGGAUGAUUGACGGGAAGGAAGCAGAUACCGACAACCCGUUUUUUGAUCUGCACUUCAAGAAGGUAUACAGCUUGGAGGCCUUCAGCUGUGCCUCCAAGUAUUCCUUUGCUCGAACAGUGAGCAGGCUGAACCACGUGUAUCUUAAGAAGGAUUUACACAUCGUGAACUUCGAUUCUACUUACAUUAACGAUGACUCCAUUUGGUCCUCCAACAACAAGGACUGCCUGGUCCUCAUGAGAAUAUGCUUUUAUGCUUUCAAUCUUGUGUGCUUGUCCUUGUGUCCCCUGCCACUUUGA